GCGCCUUUGAACCUGAAUUCGACCUCAAUUGGGGCGCUUUUUUUGGGAUAUUUAGGGCUUUCUUCCUGCCAUUGUCAUCCCUAACCCCUCCUGCCUCACAGUUCAAAGAGUCACGGCCGAAGCCCGAAAGUGAGCAUGCUGGGUUCAUCAGUCCGUGCAGUGCGGAAGCUGUGCUGCUCUCUUAUCACUGUCAGGGAACGUAAUUGCAGCUUGUUGCUUGGCGAAGGAGAUAGUUGUCCUUUCAUUCUGAAUAACGUGUUACCUUCUACCAGAAGAGCCGCAGCAGCAGCUAAAGUGGCAAUUCACUCCUUUAGUUCAAUUCCGAAUCACGCUCCUCGGCUGAAGGAUGCAUAUUCGGCAAUAGAGUUGGCGCUGGACUCGGUGGUCAAGAUAUUUACAGUUUCCAGUAGCCCCAACUAUUUCCUUCCAUGGCAGAACAAGCCCCAGCGCGAAACUACGGGUUCUGGUUUUGUUAUUCCUGGAAAGAAGAUUCUUACAAAUGCUCAUGUAGUGGCUGAUCAUACAUUCGUGCUUGUGAGAAGACAUGGGUCUCCGACCAAAUAUAGAGCAGAAGUUCAAGCUGUUGGUCAUGAAUGUGAUUUAGCUAUUCUGGUUGUUGAAAGUGAAGAGUUUUGGGAAGGCAUGAACUUCCUGGAACUUGGAGAAAUCCCAUUUCUGCAAGAAGCUGUUGCUGUAGUUGGAUAUCCUCAGGGUGGUGACAACAUUUCUGUAACUAAAGGCGUUGUCUCGAGAGUUGAACCCACACAAUAUGUUCAUGGUGCAACCCAGCUGAUGGCUAUACAAAUUGAUGCAGCCAUAAAUCCUGGUAAUAGUGGUGGCCCAGCAAUAAUGGCCAAUAAAGUUGCUGGCGUUGCUUUUCAAAAUCUUUCAGGUGCUGAGAACAUUGGUUACAUAAUUCCUGUUCCUGUGAUUAAGCAUUUUAUAGCUGGUGUGGAAGAGAAUGGAAAAUAUGUUGGAUUCUGCACUCUGGGCCUGUCAUGCCAACCAACCGAAAAUAUUCAACUACGAAUGCACUUUAGAAUGCUCACUGAAUUGACUGGGGUACUUGUCAGCAAAAUUAAUCCUCUAUCGGAUGCGGACAAAACCUUAAGAAAAGAUGAUAUUAUUCUUAGAUUUGAUGGCAUACCUAUAGCAAAUGAUGGAACAGUUCCUUUCCGCAAUAGGGAGCGGAUAACUUUUGAUCAUUUGGUGUCUAUGAAGAAACCCAAUGAAAAAGCUUUACUAAGAAUUUUGCGGGAUGGUGAAGAGAAGGAAUUCAGUAUCACUGUCAAACCUUUGCAGCCACUAGUUCCGGUUCAUCAGUUUGACAGGCUUCCUAGUUAUUACAUUUUUGCUGGUCUGGUCUUUGUUCCACUCUCACAGCCAUAUCUUCAUGAGUAUGGAGAAGACUGGUAUAAUACUUCACCUCAUCGAUUGUGUGAACUUGCAUUGAGGGAGCUGCCUAAAAAGCCUGGUGAACAACUCGUCAUUCUUUCCCAGGUGCUGAUGGAUGAUAUAAAUGCAGGAUACGAGCGUCUUGCAGAAUUACAGGUUAAGGAAGUUAAUGGUGUAGAAAUUGAAAAUUUGAAGCAUUUGUGCCAGCUUAUUGAGAAUUGUAGUGCCGAGAGCUUGAGAUUUGAUUUGGAUGAUGGUCGGGUAAUUGUAUUGAACUAUAACUCUGCAAGGGUAGCCACUUCCAGAAUUUUGAAACGUCACAGAAUACCUUCUGCUAUGUCCAGUGGCCUCCUUGAUGAGCAGCAGUAGUUGGAAAGUGAUACUGCCCAAGUUGUGUAUUCCUCAGAAUAUUUCUUCAUAGAUGAUUUUUGCCACCAAAUUGGAUUGGCCUUCCAUAAAAUUUUGAUUAUGUAUUGUAUCAGUUCAGCUAAUUGAUGUGGUGUUAAUUUAUAUAAAAUAUUAAAGAUAUUUUGUUAUUGUUUUAUUGAUUUUAGUAUGUCUUUAUUUUAUUUAUUAA